AUAGAGUUCAAUCGAACGCGCACGGGCGACUAUCAUCGGGUUGCGGAUGGAUAAGCACAGGCGACGAACCUCGCACCAGAGAUCAAGAUCGAAACCUGCCGUAGGAGCCCAACACUUUUACAGCACCAGUUCGGUCUGUUCAUUCUACACGAACUUCUAUUGUAGAUUUGGUACUGUCACUAUUAUAUAGAAGAUCGAGUGAAAAAGAGAUACCCGUAUCACCAAGCUAAAGUUUAGCUAAGCUUACUAACAAUCCAACUAUCUUCUCUGACGGAGCUCUGUGUUUUCAGUCACACAGAGCAGCCAUUUUUUGCUAGAAAGGCGAAUUCUGCUACGUUUCAGCCGACAGCGAGUGACAUAGUUUCUGUGCCCAGUUGAAGCCGGAAGGCAAUAACAAACUUACAAAAUGUCGAAGACGCCCGGAAAGAACAAAAAUUUAUUGAACUUGACAAUAAUGCCAAUACAAUCGGAAUCAAAUGGCGGAGGACAGAAAGCACAAUCUGCAACUACAGCGACAGAGAAAAGCACCUCUGGAAUUAAAGUGGAUGCACUGACAAAGAAACUGGACAAUCUAGAUCUUGAUGAACCCCAAAGGAAACGUCUUGAAGAAUUUAUGGUGGACAAGAGGAAGAUCAUGGAAAUUGGAGAAUUCUGCAAUGAUGACUUUGAAGUGCUUAAGGAAUUAGGAGCAGGGAAUGGAGGCGUGGUCACUAAAGUGAAACAUAAGAUGAGCGGUAUGGUUAUGGCAAGAAAGCUCAUUAAACUUGAAAUCAAACCAGCCAUCAGAAAUCAGAUCAUCCGAGAACUGAAAGUGCUUCAUGAGUGCAAUUCACCAUACAUCGUGGGUUUCUUUGGAGCGUAUUACAGCGAUGGAGAGAUUUGUAUCUGCAUGGAAAACAUGGAUGGCGGUUCUUUAGAUCAAGUCAUGAAGUCAGCACCCAAGGGAAGAAUACCAGAAAAUAUCCUUGGCAAGGUCACAGUUGCAGUUUUGAGGGGGCUCAUUUAUUUAAGAGAUGUGCAUGACAUAAUGCACAGAGAUGUGAAACCAUCAAAUAUCCUGGUCAACUCACGGGGUGAGAUCAAGUUGUGUGAUUUUGGUGUGAGCGGUCAGCUUAUCGACUCUAUGGCAAAUUCGUUUGUGGGAACAAGGUCAUAUAUGUCGCCUGAGAGACUGCAAGGCACACACUACACAGUACAGUCUGACAUCUGGAGUCUUGGCCUAUCGUUGGUCGAGAUGGCCAUUGGACGUUACCCCAUCCCCGCCCCUGACGAGACGGCGCUAGCAAACCUCUUCGGCUACGAGCUCCAGGCGGGAGAGACCAAGAAUAUUCGGAAAACAAGUCAGUCGGGACCUCGCGGUACUCCAAGACCGAUCAGUGGAGUUGGAGGAGUGUUUUCAGAUUCCCCAAGACCUAUGGCCAUCUUUGAAUUACUCAAUUACAUCGUAGAAGAGCAUCCACCAAGAUUACCAUCCAGAGCCUUCUCAGAAGAAUUUGUAGAUUUUGUUGACGUAUGUUUGAUCAAGAAUCCAAAUGAGAGGGCAGAUCUUAAGAAACUCAAGGUACAUACAUUUGCAAUAAUGUCUGAGGAAGCGAGAGUAGACUUUGCUGGAUGGAUAUGUGCAACCAUGGGUAUGAGUCCUCCUCAUAACGACACUGUCAAACCCCUACAGACAGCUGUCUAGAGAAACAACCCUUCCCUCAGUUAUCGUUGUCUGAAGUCGGAAAUGAAAAAGAAAAGGAAACUGCGCUCCCAUUUUUAUAUAUCAGUGUUCCAAAGAUUUGCUGUGCUCAAGUGCUCGUGUGGAGCGAGAGGGAAGUCAUUUGUGCGAGCUUUUUGAAAUGUGAAUUUUGCACCAAAAAAAUAUAAAGACAAUCUGUAAAGGAAUUGUGGAUAGAUUAGAGAUUAUAUGCGUAUGUUCUCUAAAUUGUAAAUGUACAUGUAUGUUUCUCCCUCUACAAGUGUCUAUACUUUUACUAUCUCUCACAUACUUUUAUCUAUAGGCCUGUGUUGAAUGAUAGUGUAUACGAUUCCAGCAAGUUUUUCUGAGCUCCCAUCAUUAUAUAGCAAAUUGGCAAAGCAAAAAAGAGUCAUCACAGUCAUUUUAUUCUACCCACGAACACAGAAAGUAAUAUGGAAUAUUAUGUGUAUAUUCCUGCACAUGUAAUAUAGAUAUAUAUUUAUAUUUUAUCGGCUAUGGAGGAGAAAUUCCAACAUUUCAAUUGUUUGAAUCAGCAGUGAUCUUUUUUUUGAGAAUAUAGUCUGCCAUUUACAUGUGUAUGGGGCUCCCCCAAAUCAUGGUAAAAGAUAAUUCAAGGAAUUGUGUUACGAGUCGGGCUUAUGACCAGGCAUGAGUUAUGUUUUAUAUAGCUUUCUUGAAGUUUCUGAGCUAUGGCAGAUACAAGGAGCGAAAACAGGAUCAGUGUCUAUAGCAAAUCUUGAAGGUAGUGAUGGUGUAGAUAAUGUUCUGUAGCCAACAUAGAGGGCGCUCUACAGCUGUCAGCAGAGGACGACAGCAAAACAGCUUGUAUGUAACGGGUCUUGGGACUCAAAGAUGCAGUGAAACACGUCCAUCUCUAUUUGUACCCUUAAAUGAUCUUCAUCCAUUUCUUGCAAUGUAGUUAUCUUCUUCACUUCACCCAUGUCAAUGAAUCAUGCUUAUAAAUAUGAUCAUGAAUCCCGAAACUUUUUUGACCACCAAAAGGGACAAUUACUCACUAGAAAGGAAGGAUUGUAAAGUUGGAGUUAGAUUUGUAAUCAAAGGCAGGUGAUUGUCAAUAUUAUUACAGAUUAUUAGUUUAAAAUGUUAUUGCUUAUUUUUUAGAUAGCAUUUCCAUUCUCUAUCCUCCAAUCUCUCUCUCUCUCUCUCUCUCUCUCUCUCUCUCUCUCUCUCUCUCUAUUUGUAUCUCUCUCUUUUCAGUCUAAUACAUGUAUAAAGAGAAAUAUCAAUCUUGUAAACUUACAUGUACCAUACUUUUGAAAAAAAGAUAUAUGAACUCACACAACUUUUAUCCUUCAUCCUUCAUAUACUGUAGAAACUGUUUGUUAUGAAAUCAUGCUGCAAGGGGAAAAUCUCGCCCUAUAAAGCAUUAUCAAACGUCGCAAAUCAAGAUAUUCAAUUCUAAUCUGAUAAAGAUUUCAUAUUCGAUAUAAAUCAUGAUGAUGACAGAUUCUAAAUACACUUGCUAUAGUUUUGUGUGCCAAGAGCGGCAAGAAAAAGGUAAGGUAUUGAUAGAAAGUGAGAAGGAAAAUGCAAGAAAAGCCCUGAGCAGAUUGUAGUGUAAGAUUUGAUACUCAAGUAUUUAUUUUUACAUAUUUCUUGCCUAUAACCAUGUAAUGGUUUUGUUUAACGAAUCAGUGAUACCCCUGCUAAUACGAGCUGGGCAUUAAUUAUGUAGCAGUAAUUAUUUAGGCACUGCCAAAAAAGGAAAGCGCAACUUUUAAAAAGUAAAGUUUGGCUUUUAAGAAACCCCAUUAUAUGUAUUGUAUAUAAUGACUUAAAGUAUUCCUCCUCAGUUUUUCCUUUUGCAUUUAGGUAAUGUGUUCAUGUUAUUAAUAUAAUUUUGUUAGAAAUUGUUAAGUGGCAGUUAUACUGAAUGAACCUGGUUGAGAUGUAUAUAAUUUUGCUCCAUUUAUUUACGUGUCUUGCUAUCAUAUUUAUUUUUAUUUUUAUUUUUGUAUUUUCCCCCUUGAAAUUUAUUUGCCAAUAUUACAUAAUUUCCUGUAAUAUGUUCCCAAUCUUGAGAUGACACUGAAUAUUGCAUUCAGGUGGAAAUCAAGUUUGAUUAUUUCUGUUAAUUGUUUGGCAUGACUUAUCAUGGUCACACCUCAUCGAAUUUUCCAUUAAUUUCAUUUGAUUGCUUUGCAUUUUCUGAUGUAAAAUAAUGGAAGAGACUCUGAGGAAUUAAAACAAAAAUUAACAAUUACUGCCCAUUUUUUGAAUUAUAAUAGCAAUAUGUUAUGAAAGAUAUUCAACGUUCAGGAAUAUUUUGAAAACACUACAGUCCUCUUAAGAGCAAAAUAAUUUAGAAUUUGAUAUACUCCAAUGUAGGUAAGUCGGCAUUGUACAUUACAGAAACCCCUUGUAAAGAUAAGUUUUUUGCAUCAACAUUAUUAAUGCAUACAUCUUUAUGUGUAAAGUCAUUAACAUUUAGGGUGAGAUACUGGUAAACGUUCCAAGUUCUUUGAACCAGUGUAACUGUAAACAUGGUUCUUGAUUCUUAGGUUUUAAUGUUGAUAAGUUUUUUCCUUCAAGUGUUGCAGUUUUGUGCUUCGUUGAUGUUUUUGCUGUUGCGUUUAUUUGAUCACUGCUUUGGAAUUACAAAAUGUUGACUCUAGUUCUUUUAAAGUAGUCACAUAAUUGAGUUUCAAAUAUAUCAUACAGAAGAGCUCAAAUUUUCUUCAGUUUUACUCCGUGAAUUCUUACAGUAUGUUUUCAUUGUAAUGAUCACAUGGAAAAAAUUCCAGUCGUCCGGUCAAGAUAUCGUUGUGAACUCACAUGGCAUUCUUGCAUUUGUAAACCAUCACAGAGUUUCUUUUCACCAGAUAUACAUGUACCAGAUAUCACUUGAUGUGUUAAAUGAGAUUCCGUAUAUUUCCUUGUUGAACACUUGAAUUCAACUUCAAUUCCAACGAUUCAUUGAUAAAUAUGCUGAGUUUCCUGAAUCUUUAGUGGCUGAUGCUUUGGCUUUUUGCCAGAGAGACUAUCAAAAUAAAAGGAGGAUUAAGAAUAUUCUUAAGUGUAGUCUACUCCAUUCCGAGCAGCACAAACCUUGGUUGUGAAAUCAAACCUAUCAGUGAAAUUUUGAGAAAAAAGUGAUUGCUGAUCCAAAAAUAGUGUUCAUCAAUCAAGUUGCAAAUGUCUUCACUUUUUAUUAGGCGUCUGCCAUGAUAAACAUUUUUCCCAUUGCUGUACCAUGUGUUGUACUUAUUUCAUCACUUGUUAAUUGUAACUCACUCAUCUAAAAUAAAGAUUGUCAUUGUAUUACUCCUUUUGCUACUUUCUACAAAACAACAGGAAUGAAAUUGGAUUUUGUACAUUAUAAAUGUAGUAGGUAAUUUCUGCAGUUUGUGAUGCUGGGAAUCACAUGGAUGUCAUUUAGUAUCUAGAUGAACAUACAUCUGACACUUUGAUUAGGUACAGAUAAGGCUAGGGUUACCUGUAAGUUGCUGAACUUGUCUUUUCAGUUGAGGGACUCAAGUUGUGCAUUUAGUUAGGAUGAUACAUGCAUGAAUAAACCAAGUGGUUUAAAGCCUAUGUCAUAGAGCGACUAGUUUGUGUACAGUCGUGUACAGUGAGUGAUUUUAGUGUGGUUGUCAUGCUUUUAGUAGUAAAAGGUGUCUACAUGUAGCAUAGAUGAAAUGUCUUCCGCACAUAUCUUAUUAAAGCAAGCUUCGUAACCAAUGUCUUGUUGAAAGUCACAGUGAAUAUCUAAAAUAAAAGCAUGAAGCAAUAAGUUGGAUGGUAAUAGUUUACCAAUGGUUAUGGAUGUUCAUUAGGACAUACAUGUAGGCACAGCAUUUACAAUUUAGAGAGUAGCUCAUGUAAUUGAGAUGGGAAAAGUGUUGUGUAGUGUGCUUAUUGUACGAUUUAAUUUGCUCCCCUGAGAAAAGAUUGAAACCUGCAAAAUGUUUAAUACAAGAAUAGAUAUGGAACAGAUGAAGCUAGUGUUUUGUGUCCCAAAUGAACAGACACAGUUUGUUGCCAAGCAGCAUAUCAUUUUCUAUGUCCUCUAUAUACCCUUCAUCAUUAAAACAAACAGAAAAUUUUAUUGAACUUCAACAUAUAUCAACAUACAUUGUAUAUAUUGAAUAAAAAAUAUGUAUAUGUUUAUCAAUAUAUUGAUGGAGUAGGACAUUUGUAGUAUGAUUGGCCAGUAUGAGUGCUUUGUUGAAAGACAGAUAGCUCGCCAUGUAGACAGUUAUCUUUGUGUACAUUGUACUAGAUUUUCACCCACCCCCCCCCCCCCCCCAACAAAAAAAAAAGGGGGGGGUGGUAUACAGAUGAGAGUAAAUGAACCUUAUUAUAUACAAUUUAAAUGCAUCAUACAACAUUGAAUGUUCCCUGUAGCUUAAAAUAAUCUCAAUGCUACACAUCAGACUACAUUUGAUCGGUGUAUUGAGCGCUGUAUAAAAAAAACGGAUUAUUAUUAUUAUUAUUAUUUAUAUUGAUUUUAUUUGCCCAAGUAAAUCCUGAUCUUGUGAAACAUAUUCAGCUCUGAUCUUUGAUGGAUUGUGGGCAUGCCGAUCGGUCUACUUGCCUAAUGCCAUGCGGGUAGUUCAGUAGUAGCCUAGCCUUUCAAGAUUUAGUAGAUUAUUAGCGCCAACACGUAGAAGAAAUCAACAUGUGGUUUGAAUCGUAGGAAAGGUUGUUUCCCCCGAGUAUAACUGAAAGUUUCUUCCCAUACUCCUUAUCAGUAAAAUAGGGCCGUUAUCAAAAAGUGAUGUAGGAAAUGAAGCACAUUAUCGGUAUAAAAGGCAUUCCCUCAGUGUAACUUUUCCAAUAUUAAUUAACCAAUCACAACAAAAUGUAUAACCAGACCAACUUUGAUGGACGACGUAUUUAUGAUUUUGAAAGAUAUGUUGCUCCUCCCCAUCACAACAACCCAGUGUAUAUUAAUCUUCAAUGUCUUGUUACUUUUCUAGUGUAAAAAUCUCUUAUUAUUCCAUGCAUCACAAUGUGGCUAUAUAGUUUUUGUGAGUGUUGGUGAGAAUGUGAAGGAUUUAAAUGGAGUUUUCUUUUGCAUUUAAAAACUGAAAGUGGAGCAUUUUUUGCAUAUUAACUGUUGCCUCGGUCGAUAUUGUAAAGUAUAUAUAGAUAAAGCAUUGAAAAUGUACAGAUAUUAAAUGCGUCUCGAUGAGCCAGUUAAUGCUCAAGAGACCAUGUAGAUAACCCAAUCCUGUGUUAUGAUGUAUACUAAAUGACAUACCUAUAUAUGGUUUUUCAGUUUGAUUUUAAAGAAACAUAAUAUAUAUAUAUCAUAACUAUGAUUACAAGUGUUAUAGCAAUGUGUCUUUGAGUGUACAUGUAUAAUUAUUUGUUUGACAGUAUGAAUAAAGGAAGAAAUAACCUUCAAACGACA